AUGGAGUUACUGACGAAGACUCAUUUGAAAGAAUUGGAAGAAAGAGCUGGAGCCGCGGCUUUGAUGAUGCAACCCGCAACAGCACCUGCUUCGUGGAAUGGGCAAAUCAUGCCUCGAGUUCAUCACAAUCCGGUCUACUCUUGCAAGCUAUUCAUUGGUGGAAUUCCAUAUGAUGUCUCGGAGCGACUUCUUUACGAUGCUUUUGCACCUUAUGGACGCUGCCGAAUAGAAUGGCCAGGUCGAGGGCGAAUCCGUGGAGUUUUGCAGCGUGGAAAAACUGUUGGCUAUAUUUAUGUGGUCUUUGAUGAAGAAAAAUCUGCGAAGCAACUAUUGAAAGAUUGUAAACAAUUCAACAUGGACACACAGGAUUUGUAUUUCACAUUGAAUAUUCCAUCGGCUAGUGGAGGCAACACUCGACAGGUGCAAGUCAUACCGUGGGUUGUUUCGGACGCCAAUUAUGUGCACGAUCCAACAGGAAAGCUGGACCCGAAAAAAACGAUCUUUGUUGGAGGACUGCACGGAAUGCUCACCGCCGAAGCUUUGUUCACGAUCAUGAAUCAAACAUUCGGAGAUGUGAUUUACGUUGGAAUUGACACCGACAAAUACAAGUACCCAAUAGGAAGUGGUCGAGUCACGUUCUCAUCAUACAUGGCAUUCUUCCAAGCUGUCGGCUCGGCUCACCUUGCUAUUCGAACCAACAAAUUUCUGAAGCGCAUUCAAAUUGAUCCAUUUCUCGAAGAAGCUCUUUGCAUGAUGUGCAAGAAGGCCAAUGGCCAAGUUUUUUGUACCCGUCGUCAAUGCUUUUCUUAUUUCUGCCUUGUUUGCUGGCAGCUCCGUCACAAUCUUUGCGGUCAGAUGGCUGAUCACAAAGCGCUGACAAGACAUACUCCACGGGAGGCGACACCAUUUGACACUAUGCGUUGGCUGAAUGGAGAACAAAUGACCAUCGCAAUGCAAGGAAUGGCCCGACCAUUUGAAAUCCCACAGAGAAAUAUCUUUGGACACGCUUUGGGUUUUGGGACCGCUCCAUCGCUGGCAGCUGGAAUGGGCGGUGUUGAUCUACAGCCAUACGCAAAGAUCAUCAAAAUUGUUUCUGAAGAUGAAGACGAGGAAGGCUGGACUGAAGUUGGAAAGAAAGAGGAAGACAUCGGUGUUCUCUUUCCGCCAAAAACAGAGAUCACGCUCGAGGCACUUGUUGAAAAGUUCAACGAGAAAAUGGCUGUUCGUGGACGAAAAACUACGAACCGCAAGAAUUAUGUUCGAAUUCUUCAAGAACUCUACAAUAUUGCUCAAGAGAAAAAAUUCGGAAGUGGUAUCUUGGUGAAGAUUCUCUUCAACAUUGUCUCGGCACUGUUCGAACUUACCCCAAGUGUGAGCGAUUGUAUGGAUUUCUCAACCUGGAAUAAGGCUUUGAUUGCCAUUAACAGCUUGGUUGACCUUUUGAUAGAUUCGAAUGUCCACUUGUCAAUUCGAAUCACCGAAGAGGAUGAGAAUGUCUCGGAUCCUGAAAAACCAUACAAAGUCAAUGGUUCCGUUUUGAUGUCGGUCCAACGCCUCGAUACAGAGCUGACAAAGAUUCUUCAGAACGCUGAUUGCCAUUCAACCGACUACAUAGAGAAGCUGAAAGGCGAAAAGGAUAUCUGCUCUCUUAUUGAAAAGAUUCAAAAGUUUAUCGAUGAACGCAUAGAGAUCGGUCUCUUUGAAAACGACGAAGUUUGCAAGAUCUACAUGUUACGGAUUGAGCAUAUGUACUACAAGUAUGAGGACACGUUUGAGCAAGAAGAUGGUUUGACUGCUUCUCAACUGAUGGAACGCCUUUGCAAGCGCAUCUACGCGUUGGAUGAUGAGAAGAGGCUUCGGCAACGCGCUAUGCUUUGUCAUGUGUACUUUUUGGCACUUCAUGAUGAGUGGCACAAGGCUCGAGACUUGAUGUUAAUGAGUCAUCUGCAAGCCAUUGUUGACCACUCUGAUGUGUCGACUCAAAUUCUGUACAAUAGGACUAUUUGCCAAUUGGGCCUCUGCGCCUUCCGCCAUGGUCACAUUAAGGAAGCUCAUCAAGGACUUUCGGAAAUUCAAAAUACACAGCGUUCUAAGGAGUUGCUUGCACAGGGAAUUGCCAUGCGUCAAUAUGAGCGAACUCAAGAACAGGAAAAGCUAGAGCGCAGCCGUCAAGUGCCAUAUCAUAUGCACAUCAAUAUCGAGUUGAUGGAAUGCGUCUAUUUGAUUUGCUCAAUGCUUCUGGAAAUUCCACACAUGGCUUCGCAUGAGUUUGAAUUGCGCAAGAGAUUGCUUUCACGGUCUUUUCAUUACCAGUUGAAACAAAAUGAAAAGUCAUCCCUGGUUGGACCUCCGGAAAACACGAGAGAACACGUGGUUGCCGCUUCUCGUGCAAUGUUGGCCGGUGACUGGAAGAAAUGCCGUGACUACAUUGUCAACGACAAAAUGAAUGCAAAGGUCUGGAAUCUUUUCCGAAAUGCGGAUGUUGUGAAGAAUAUGGUGAAAUUGGCUGCACUAUUUGAGCUCGAUGAAAGACAAGUUCACGCCAUCAUAAGCAAAAUGAUUAUUGCUGAAGAAUUGGCGGCGACCUUAGACGAGCCGACCGGGUGCGUGAUGAUGCAUCGAGUGGAACCGAGCCGUCUACAACUGUUAGCUCUCCAUUUGACCGACAAGUUACAUCAAUUGGCUGAACAAAAUGAACAAGUUAUGGAACCACGUGGACCUGGCGGUCGCGGUUAUGCUGGGCCCGGUGCCUGGUUUGCCGGCCGGGGAGGAGGCGAUCGUGGUGAUGAUAAGAAAAAGAUGCAGACAUUUCAGCCCGGACGAGGCGGAGAGCAGCGUGGCAAGGGUGGAGCCGGUGUGUGGGGAAGUGGAGUUGGCGGCGGUGCUGGAGCGACUGGGCAACGUCGACGCGCUGGAGGACAAAAUGACUCGAACGCAAGAAAAGGCUUC